ACGCUUUGUUAAUUUUUUUUUUUAAUUUCUCUGUAUUUUUUAGAAGAUUCUCCAACUCUGUUUACCUAUGUCUUUAGCCACUUCUCAGAUCCUUCAGUUUUCUCCAUGUUUUCUCUAAAUUUGGAUUCUUCACGGGUUAAUGAAGCCAAUCUAUUUGUCGAUAAGGAGCACAAGACGCUCCCGAUUUCUCUUUGCAUCCACUUUGAAUGUUCUAAUAAAAGGUUUUGUUCCUAGAAAUGUUGUCAGAUACAUUGGCGUCUAAGCUUUCACACAAUUGAAGUGUGUGCUGUUACAUAGUACUUUAUAAGAUGGACCGAGCAGAUACUUCAGGGUUUGUAAGUGGAGGAGGAACACUAUUGGAGUUUCUUCUAUUUUCCUAAUUUGUUUCUGAUAUAUUUUCCGGAUGUAUUAAAGACUUUUUUUGCAAGGUUGGCCUAUUUUUCUUAGUAAUAUUGUUUGCAACAUCUACGAACGGUAUGGAUUUGAAUAAGAACAUACAGAUUUCUCAUGUAUCUGAACUCUCAAAAAAUGAAAAUUUUGGUGAUACAGCCCUAUGCCUGAACUUUAUCGGUUAUGGAGGAAGCAAUGUGGCCAGAUUUGGAACUACAGAAAGCAAUCUUAAUGUUGACCUUUCUAAAGCACCUGAUGACGGCUGCAGGUUGGUUCUGGGGUUGGGCCCUACUCCAAGUGUAUACUUGGAUAAUUAUUACACUGUUGGUCUCAACAAGAACAAAACAACAGCAGCUUUAUUCACCCAGCACUUCUCGCCCGAGGAUGACUCGAUCCUAAAACUAGGCCUUUCUGGUGGGAUUAAGGAAAGUAUGAGUCAGUUGGAACACCCUCUGUCAUCAGAAACUGAUGUUAGUAUGCCACUUUCAAAACAUGUUUCUGUGGAAGAUAGUAGACUUACAAUACCUGUUGUUGAUGAGGGUUCUACUUCGGCCAGGAAAUCUGGUGGUUAUAUGCCAUCACUCCUCUUUGCUCCGAAAAUGGAUAGUCGCAAUGCUUUGGUUCAGACACAAGAGCAUUUUCAGUUUGGGGAUAAAUCUCCCUGUCAUGAAUUUCAUCAAACUUGUGAGCCCUCUUCGCAGAUCGACUUUUCUGUAGACACUCUCUCUGAGCAAACCACCACUAUGACGUCCUCAGAUAAUCGAGUAAGCAAUUCAAAGAAAUGCAAGUUUGCUGACUGCUCAAAAGGAGCAAGAGGGGCAUCUGGUCUUUGUAUUGGUCAUGGGGGCGGACAAAGAUGCCAAAAACCAGGAUGUAACAAAGGUUCUGAGAGCCGCACUGUCUACUGUAAGGCUCAUGGUGGAGGGAGGAGGUGCCAACACUUGGGCUGCACUAAAAGUGCCGAGGGGAAGACAGAAUUUUGCAUAGCUCAUGGUGGAGGCAGACGAUGUGGCUUUCCUGGAGGGUGCACAAAGGCAGCACGAGGUAAAUCAGGGCUUUGCAUCAGACAUGGAGGGGGAAAGAGGUGUAAGGUGGAAGGUUGCACACGCAGUGCUGAAGGACAGGCUGGUUUGUGCAUCUCUCAUGGUGGUGGACGCCGUUGCCAGUUCCAGGGAUGUACUAAGGGUGCUCAGGGAAGUACAAUGUUUUGCAAGGCUCAUGGUGGAGGAAAACGCUGUGUAUUUGCAGGGUGUACCAAAGGCGCUGAAGGGAGCACGCUGUUGUGUAAAGGACACGGUGGGGGAAAACGUUGCCUCUACAAUGGUGGUGGCAUUUGUCCCAAGAGUGUGCAUGGAGGCACCAAUUUCUGUGUUGCCCAUGGUGGUGGGAAGAGGUGUGUUGUGCCAGACUGUACAAAGAGUGCACGCGGUCGAACUGAUUGUUGUGUCAGGCACGGUGGUGGAAAACGAUGCAAGAUUGAGAAUUGUGGCAAAAGUGCCCAAGGAAGCACGGACUUCUGCAAGGCCCAUGGUGGGGGAAAAAGAUGCUCCUGGGGGGAGAGCAAAUGCGAGAAAUUUGCAAGGGGCAGGAGUGGUCUAUGCGCUGCUCACAGCAGUAUGGUGCAACAGCGGGAGGCAAGCAAGGGAGGACUCAUCGCAGCCGGAGUCUUCCAAGGGCUUGUAUCAGCAGCUACAGCCACAAGAAGCAGCUGGGACAACAAUCACCCAUCCUCAGGGACUAGUGUUAUUUCUGAUGGUAUCAAUUCCCUGGACAAAACAGCGAAAAGGCAACAACUCAUACAGCCUCAGGUAUUGGUUCCUUUAUCUAUGAAGUCCUCAUCCUCUUACUCGAGUUUCUUCGAUGCUGAAAAACGAGAGGAAAGAAGAAAUGUGUACGACAUAGACAUCAGCGGUGGUGUCAGCAACAAUACCUUUGACUUCUCGGUUCCGGAGGGUAGGGUUCAUGGUGGUCGUCUCAUGUCCUUGCUUGGCGGGAAUCUAAAGAACCCCUUUGAUGGAAUCUGAAGUCAAAAUCUGUGACAUGUAGAAAUCUAGUUUGGUUUUUUUGGCUUAUUGGGACUGAAAUUGUUCAUAAAAUUUGGUUGCUGUCAGAGACUUGACACAUAUGGUUUGUGUUGAUCAACAGUGUCAUUAUAAUUGUCAAAUUACCGAGUCAUUUGUCUCUUUUUCA